AUGGCGACGACGACACGACGAGCACGUGCACUGCUCGGGGUCAUCUUCGACCUUGAUGGAACGCUGACGCGGCCCCAUGCCAUCGACUUUGCACGGAUGCGGGCGCGGAUAGGCGUGCCGAGCUCGUACACGUCCAUCCUCAAGUACGUGAACACGUUGGAGAGCGAGGAAGCCCGCACCAAGGCCCUGGACAUUGUGCUGGAGGAAGAGGAGGCCGGCCUGGACCGCAUGCAGCUCAACACAGGGUUUGACGCCGUCUUCAGCACCAUGCGCGACCUGCAGCUGCGCGGUGCCAUCUGCACCCGCAAUACGGAGAGCGCGCUCGAGCGCUUCCGCGUCGUCCUCGAACAGGAAGGCCUGACACACCAUGCGUCGCUCUUCGACCCGUGGCUUGCCAGGGACGCAACCUGCCCCGCCACGGCCCAAGCGCUGCAAAACAAGCCACACCCAGACCCGGCACACGCCACCCUCCGCACCUGGGGUAUGCUGCUCUGCGAUGACACGGCUGGCAACACAACCGACCCCAGCUAUGAACAAAAGCAGGAGCAGCCCCAACCCCGGCACCAACUCCAACACCAACUCCAAGCAACUGGUGAAGGAACCGGUGUCCAUGAUGAAGAGCCCGCAGCUACGCACGCGUUGUCAUCCCGGGGCACACGAGGCGAGGGUGAUGUGGUGCAGGUGCAACAACAGCACCAGCACAUGUCCACAGCAACUACCACAGCCGCCAACACCAUCGCAGCCACCACAACAACGACGACAACGACGACCGGAAGCACUCGUGUCGUGCAGCACAGUUUUCAUCGCCAGCACCCUGUCCUCUUCGUUGGCGACCACAUUGAUGACAUGGUGUGCGGGCACAGCGCUGGCUGCCUCACGUGUCUGCUCACGAACGGCGAGGCGUUGAGCUGUGAACGGGUACGCGGCGUGUUGGCCAGUCCACAGCACGAGCCUGUCAUCGACUUUGUUGUGGAUGACGGACACGAGCUUGCGCAACUCAUGCACGCGCUGCACACGGGCGACACGACGCUCCUUGACACGUUCGCACACCCACGUGACGAGCACAGAUAG